GAGAUGAAGUGCAGUCCCCUGCACUCUUUCACUCUUUUACACACUCUGGGGAGUCUGAUCUCUCGCACUUUAAUCAUGCAGCUGGUGACUCUCGCGGUCCUCUUUUUACCGCAGCUCGUGCGUGUGUCACACUCGCAGUUCCCACGACUGUGCACGACGGCCGAUGUGCUCCGGACUAAAACCUGUUGCCCUGUGUGGCCUGGUGAUGGCUCGGUGUGUGGCGUGAGUUCUGGCCGCGGCUUCUGCCAAGACGUGUCAGUGUCCGAUCUGCCGAACGGGCCUCAGUUCCCACACAGCGACGUGGACGACCGUGAACAAUGGCCACUCGUUUUUUACAACCGCACGUGCCAGUGCGCAGGCAACUUCAUGGGCUACAACUGCGGUGAGUGCAAGUUUGGCUAUUAUGGUGCCACCUGCGCGGAAAGGCGCGAGAGCGUGCGACGGAACAUCUUCCAGAUGUCAAUGGCAGACCAGCAGCGCUUCAUCUCAUACCUCAACCUGGCUAAGAACACCAUCAGCCCUGACUAUGUAAUCGUGACAGGCACGCGUGCACAGAUGAAUGACAGCACGAAUCCGAUGUUCGCUGACAUCAGUGUAUACAACCUGUUCGUGUGGAUGCACUACUACGUGUCACGCGACACACUCCUUGGCGGUCCUGGCAACGUAUGGUCAGACGUGGACUUUGCCCAUGAGGCCGCUGCUUUCCUGCCGUGGCAUCGUGUCUUCCUGCUCUUCUGGGAGCACGAGAUCCGCAAACUCACCGGCGACUUCAACUUCACCAUCCCAUACUGGGACUGGCGGGAUGCUCGUGACUGCCAGGUGUGCACAGACAAGCUGAUGGGUGCGCGCAGCCCGCUCAACCCCAACCUCAUCAGCCCUGCCUCGAUUUUCUCCUCAUGGAAGGUGAUCUGCACUCAUCCAGAGGUGUAUAACGCACGUGAGGUGCUCUGUGAUGGUGCACCUGAGGGUCCACUGCUCCGUAACCCUGGCGGCCAUGACCUUAGCCGUGUCAGCCGGCUGCCUAGCAACGCAGACGUGGAGUUCGUGCUCUCGCUCACACAGUAUGAGAGCGACACGCUCGACAGGCAUGCCAACAUGAGCUUCAGGAAUGUACUGGAAGGUUUUGCGAGUCCAGAAACAGGUAUGGCAGUGUCAGGCCAGAGCACGAUGCACAAUGCACUACACAUCUACAUGAAUGGUUCGAUGUCAUCAGUGCCAGCAUCAGCUAAUGACCCCAUAUUCCUCCUGCACCACGCGUUUAUAGACAGCAUCUUUGAGCGAUGGCUACGUCUUCACCGCCCCCCGCGCACUACUUACCCAGAAUCCAACGCUCCGAUUGGCCAUAAUGGAGGCUACAACAUGGUACCCUUCAUCCCUCUGUACAAAAACAUGGACUACUUCAUUUCCACCAAAGAGCUGGGAUACGAAUACUCCUACCUACUAGAUCCAACUCAGCGGCUCCUGCAGGAGUUUAUCGCUCCGUAUUGGGAGCAUGUGCAGCAGAUUUGGCCCUGGCUGCUCGGGGCCGCGGUGCUCGGAGCCCUGGUUACCGCCGUCAUUGGUGUGGUUAUCAGAAGGGUUGUUGAGGUGGCGCGUCGCCAAGGGAACAGAGAGAAUCAAUACGGAGAGAAACAACCACUACUGAACAGCAGCGAUGAAGAGAACACUGCCUCCUAUCAGACCACACUCUGAACACACACACAAAAUGGUACACAAUAUAUUGAAUUGUACUGUAUAAACACACAUGACCAUGUACACACACAUACACACAGAGAUAAUGCAACACACAUAACUGAACACACAUGGAAAAUGAACCACACUAUUUUUAUACAGAUAAUUAAACACACACACACACACACACCACUCAUACAGUGGUGCUUGAAAGUUUGUGAACCCUUUAGAAUUUUCUAUAUUUCUGCAUAAAUAUGACCUAAAACA